AUGGCGCACUCCAAGUUGCCUGAAUAUGUGCUUUGGGCCAACCGUGCGCCCAAGAACUCGCACUCGCUGCACUGCGUCAUGUAUGAAGAGGAGUUCGAACCUACGUGUGUCAGUAAAAUUGACGAUGACUCGACAUAA